CUGCGUGCUUGUGGCGGGAAUCAGCUUCAGCGGUGCGGGGGAACGACGCUUAUAUUAUCCCUGGUUAUGCUGCUUUAGCUGCGGUUUACCGGUGUGAGAAACGGAUACACUGGGUUGUCUUACUUAACUUAUAAUAUAGCGAGCAGGUUAGAGACGGUGUGAGCGGUGUUUAUGGCGGAGUGUUAGUUAGCUUUAGCUGCUGGAGCUGGAGUGUUUCAGCUCGCUGUUCUCUUUAAACGCGGGGGAGGCGCGGGUCUGUGUGUAGCUGGUUAAUAAGGUUAAAGGCUGGUGGCGUUUAAAACUCGCAGCCAUGAGUUUAUUUAAUCUCGAAAGAUUCCGCUUUCAGAAAGAAAACACGAGCGAAAAGCUCCCAUCCUCCCCGGCCCGGCUCCCCAAACCCGAGCAGCGCAGAGUGCUGUCCGGCUCGGAUAAAGAGAAUUACCCGGCACGUUUAGUGAAACCAGACGGCAGACGAGGUCCAGGCAAAAUUCCACGACAUGCCCUGGAUGACGUGUCCUCUGAAGAUGAGGUGGUUAGGAAAGUCCAGUCUGCUGUACAAACGAAGAAAAAUUCAGAAUCUGAAAAGCAGAUCAGUGAUGAGUUGGAGGAUAAACUUGACAAACUUCUUGAAAUGUUUCCUCAGAGGAGCAGAAGUGAAUUGCUGGAGGUGCUUGAGGAAACCAGCACACUAGAGGGAGCUGUUGCACAGUGCUUAGUGGUUUAUGGAGACAAAGAUUCAAAUAAAGUGGAAAGGACAUCAACAUGCAGUGAUCAUUGUGACGUGCAAGCGAAGAAGCGGCGAAAAACUGUGAUAUCUGAUUCUGAGUCUGAGUCUGAUUCUGAGUCUGAGUCUGAUCCUGACUCUGAGGAGGAGGAGGAGGAGGAGGAGGCGGAGGAGGGGGAGGGUCAGGAGCCAAGCAGUAUGCAACAAGAAGCUCUAGUGCACAAAAUGAAAAAGGAAAUACCUGAAUAUGAAAAUGAUGUGCUAAGGGAUGUUUUAAGAGAACAUAACUGGAAUCUCCAGAAUGCCUUAGGAUCAUUACUCUUGUUCUCAUCAGGAACAGGAGAUUCAAGUUUUGAAAUAGCACAGGAGAAAAAAACGAAAUCUUCGAAAAAGUCAGCAAAGAACAUUCAAGAGAGCAAAAGAAAAGUAAAGCAAAAGACAGAUUCUAGUCUUUCAAGAUGGCUGUCAACUGUUUCCAAAAACUCCCACCAAAAGGUCCAAAACAUCUCAAAAGGAUCAGCACCCACAAAAACCAAAACAGCAAGUAGCAACCAUACAAGAAGAAAAGAAGAAAAGUUGGAAGUGCUGCAAAACAGUGACGACUCAGAUGGUGAAGAAGAGCUUGAGGGUGAAGUUGGAAGCGAUUCUGAUUUUGACUCUGAUGCUGAGGACUAUAGCUUUGAUGACAAAACUAAGGAACAAGUGUUAAAAUUUCUCCAAGAGGCGUCAUUAGAUGAACUGGCAUUGAUCUCUGGAUGUUCGCUGAAGAAGGCCCAGAAGAUCAUUGAGAUGAGACCUUAUAAAAGAUGGCAAGACUUGAAUGAGCCGUUCUCUAGGGCUAACGGCCUGUCUAUGGACCUGGUUGAUGGAUGUAAGUUGGUGCUGAAAGAGAGACAGGUGCUGAAGCAGCUCAUGGGCCGAUGUGAAAGCAUAGCCAAGAAGAUGACCAAAGAUGUCGCUGGGGUCAUUAAGAAUGGCACGUGCUCAAUGAAGCAACCAUCUGUUCUCAACCCAAAGUUUAAAUUGCAGCAGUACCAGUUAAUUGGCUUGAAAUGGCUUAUCCUCCUUCACCAGCAUAAUCUAAGUGGAAUUCUAGCUGAUGAAAUGGGUUUGGGAAAGACAAUUCAGGCCAUUUCUUUCCUAGCUUACCUCCUUCAGAAGGGGAAUAAGGGACCCCAUCUUAUUACAGUGCCUUCUUCCACUUUGGAUAACUGGGUGAGAGAGCUAGAGCUGUGGUGCCCAAGCCUCAAAGUAAUUGUUUACUAUGGCUCUGUGGAGGACCGUAAAUACCUCAGGCAUGACAUUCUGAACGGUCGAGUGGACUUUAAUGUCAUAGUGUCUACAUAUAACCUCACUAUAGGGAAUGAAAAUGACCGCAGUCUCUUUCGCAAGUUGAAGCUGAAUUACGCAGUGUUUGAUGAAGGUCACAUGCUGAAGAACAUGAACUCCCUGCGAUACCGCCAUCUCAUGUCCAUUAAUGCUGAGCACAGAUUGCUGCUGACGGGAACUCCUCUACAGAACAACCUGCUGGAACUAAUAUCUCUGCUCAACUUCAUCAUGCCCUCCAUGUUCUCUAGCAGCACCUCACAGAUCUCAAAGAUGUUUUCCACGAAAUCAUCAGAAGAGGAGAGUAGUUUCCAUAAGGAGCGUAUUGCACAAGCCAAGCUCAUCAUGAAGCCCUUCAUCCUAAGACGAGUCAAGAGCGAGGUGCUGAAACAACUUCCGGCCAAGUUUGAGAAGAUAGAAAUGUGUCCCAUGAGUGAUGCUCAACAGCAGCUCUACGAGGAACUCUGGAAGAGGGCCAAGAGCAAUGCUGUCCCUGGACAAAAGCGUGAUAUUUGUAAUGUGAUGAUGCAACUCAGGAAAAUGGCCAAUCACCCUCUGCUGCAUCGGCAGUACUACACCACUGAGAAACUUGCUGCAAUGAGUCAAGCCAUGCUGAAGGAGCCAACACAUUUUGACGCAAACCCUGCACUGAUCCAGGAAGAUAUGGAGGUCAUGUCAGACUUUGAGCUUCAUAACCUCUGUAAGGAGUUUAGCUCGAUCAGCAGCUACCAGCUGGACAAGAAGCUCCUCUUGGACUCUGGAAAGUUCUCCCUGCUAACCAGGCUCCUGGCUGAGCUCAAAGAGAAGGGUGACCGGGUGGUGCUCUUUAGCCAGUUUACUAUGGUGCUGGACAUUGUAGAAGUUCUGAUGGAACACCUUGGUCAUGAGUAUGUUCGACUGGAUGGCUCUAUACCUAUGGCAGAAAGAAUUGGCCUAAUAGACAAAUACAACACAGACCCUGAGGUAUUUGUCUUCCUACUGUCUACUCGUGCUGGAGGCCAGGGAAUCAACCUUGCCUCUGCUAACACAGUGAUCAUCCAUGAUAUUGACUGCAAUCCUUUCAAUGACAAACAAGCAGAAGACCGCUGUCAUAGAAUGGGACAGACCAGGUCUGUACAAGUAAUUAAACUUGUUAGCAAAGACACCAUAGAGGCCUGCAUGCUUCGUGUGGGCCAGGAAAAGCUCAAACUUGAACAAGACAUGACUACUGAAGAUGAUGAGGGCUCUAUGACUGAGGAUAUGGCAGAGCUGCUUAAGGCAUCGCUGGGCCUUUGAUGUAUCGCAUUUAAGGAUUACAGUAUGAUGUGAUGGUCCUGCCUAGACUUUUUCACUCCACUGAUUUCAAUCAGUGCAAUAUGAGCAACACAACUACUUUCUAAUGCCAGUGUUUGAUUUGUUUACUUUACACCAGUGGUAAACUGCAUGACCAGUAACAAGAUGAAAUAUACAUUUCAGAGAAACUCAGGUUUUCUUUUUUUUUCCCCUUUUAUUAUUUUUUUUUUAACCACCACAGAUACCGUAACGUUUACCUUAUUAUUUUUUUUAUAUUCAUUUCUCCGCUCAGGCUGAAAGUGCAAGACUGCCAGACUGGAAUGUAACCUGUGAUUUUAUAUAGGACUUGCUUAUUAGUGUCUUGAUGUACUGUAUAUAUGUUCCUGUUGUAUGUACAUAAAUGUGUCCUGUUAAAUAAAGACCUUUAGUGAUCUA